GUUUUACAGUCGUUACAGUGUCUGGUAACAUUGUUUCUACCGGCGCAUAUAGAAGAGAAGGAAAUUUUCAUUUGACUGAAUUGAGCUAUAAACAGGCUAUUACGCGGAAAGCACAUAUAAAUUCCCGAAUAAAUCCGCAUUCGAAGUCGCAUAAAUAUUGACAGUCGGUCUAUAGCUAAUCACACCGACGACGACAAUGGCCAACAACAACUACGCCGGGUUCAACUACGGCGGCACCCAGUACAAUACGGGCCAGGUAUCGUACCCGGCGGUAACCAAUGCCACCUACGCGAAUGCGGCCGCCUAUCAAAACGCUGCUGUAGCUGCCGGACAGGGUGGUUACGGCGGAGCAGCCGGAGCGGGCGCGGGCGCCUCCUCGGGCCCAGGGGCGGGGGGUUACGGUGGCUACGGAGACUACCGGAGUGCCAUGCAAUCGUACGAUGCCACCAAAACAUUCUAUCAGCAAUCGUCAGCCAGCUACAACGCCUCCGGUUCGACAGCUUCGGUCAGUAAGACGCACUACUCGGCUCCGCCAGUCAAGAAUCAGGUUAAGGGCAAGAUGGAUAAAUCGAAUGGUGGUCCCAAACCUCCCAGCUCGGCUCCUCCGGCAGGAAACAAUUACAGCGGCUACGAUACGGCCCUUUACAAUGCUGCCAGCAUGUAUGUUGCCCAGCAACAUCAGGGCAAUCCAAACCAAAAGCCAAAUGGUGGUGCCAAUAACUGGUACCAGCGUAAAAUGGGACCCGCCAUUCCGGGGGCUCCAGCUUUAAGGGGUAUGCGUCCCAAGGCACCGCCACGCCCGCAGCAGCUGCACUACUGCGAGGUGUGCAAGAUCUCUUGUGCCGGACCUCAGACCUAUCGUGAGCAUCUUGAGGGACAGAAGCAUAAGAAACGCGAGGCUUCACUAAAGAUGUCCGCGAGUGCCACCAGCACCACACAGAAUCGUGGAAACAACUACCACUGCGAGCUGUGCGAUGUGACCUGCACCGGCACGGAUGCAUAUGCCGCCCAUGUGCGCGGAGCUAAGCAUCAGAAAGUUGUGAAACUGCAUCAGAAGCUGGGUAAACCAAUACCCUCGGAGGAGCCCAAAAAGAUGGGCAAGAUUAAUUUUGUGCCCGCUGCUGCUGGCGCUGGUGGAUCUGCAGGAGCUGCUGGUGCCAACAAGACCGAAGGCAGCGCGACCGAGAGCGAUGCAGCUGGAGAUCUUGAUGAUAAUCUGGACGAUUCGCUGGGAGAGAAUACGGACAACAUAAAGCCGGUUGGCGGCGAGUAUAUCGAAGAGGUCAAGGACGAGGAGGGCAAGAUACUAAGUUUCAACUGCAAGCUAUGCGACUGCAAAUUUAACGACCCCAAUGCCAAAGAAAUGCACAUGAAGGGCCGCCGUCAUCGCUUGCAGUACAAGCGCAAGGUGCAGCCCGAUCUGGUAGUAGAUUUCAAGCCCACUCCUCGCCAGCGUCGUUUGGCCGAGGCCCGUGCAAACCGGGCCAUGAUGUCCUCUCAUCGCGGCGGCGAAGAUCACGAAGGAAAUUAUUGGGAGGAGCAACGCAACCGUCAGUAUAACGAGGAGUAUGACUACAACAACUGGAUGUCGCGGAGCUUUGGAGGUGCCCAGCGUUUUGGUCGAAUGGGAAAUGGACCGCCACCGCACUUUGGCAUGAUGCCCGGUGGAAAUGUGCGCCGCCCGGAGAGCACCGAUGAUCGACAUGCCAUUGCUCGUCAUGCUGAGAUCUAUCCCAAAGAGGAGGAACUACAGACCAUUCAGCGGAUUGUCUCGCACACAGAGCGGGCUCUGAAAUUGGUCUCCGAUGCCUUGGCCGAACAGCCCAACGAUGCUGGAGCGGCUAAUAAGAAGGAUAAAACCGACAAGCCAUCGGAAAAAGAUGGACGUGACAACCAGAUAUUUUCGUUCCACAAGGAUGCCGACAAUGGUGGCAACGUAGUUCGAAUUCUCAAGGGAGUUAUGCGUGUGGGCUACCUGGCCAAGGGGCUGCUACUUCAUGGUGAUAAUGCCGUCGAGCUGGUCGUCCUUUGUGCGGAGAAGCCAACGGCUGGUCUGUUGCAGCGCGUGGCCAAUGUACUGCCCGACAAACUCAAGGAGGUGGCAGGCGAAAUUCCGGUAAAUUAUCGUGUAGAGGUAAACGCUGAAGAGGCUGCCCUUAUUGUACUGGAUGAGGCUGUCUCGGUUAAGAUAACCCUCACUUCGCCUUUGCUGCGCGAUACCAAUCCAGCAGAGGUUUCCACCAGCGAGGAUGGCGAAGGCGAUGCUGAAUUCUUGGCUCGUGAGCCGUGCCUUCGUGCUUUGGCUGACUUGCGACAUGCCAAGUGGUUCCAGGCUCGCGCUACAGGACUGCAGUCAUGCGUUAUGGUGAUUCGCAUCCUCAGAGAUCUGUGCCAGCGCGUGGCCUCCUGGCAGGCAUUGCCUCAAUGGUCCUUGGAGCUCCUCGUAGAGAAGGUGAUCUCGUCGGCUGGUUUCCCCAUUUCGCCUGGGGACUGUAUGCGACGCAUCAUGGAGGCUUUAUCUUCGGGCUUUUUGAUCAACGGACCUGGUCUGCUGGAUCCAUGCGAAAAAGACCCUACCGACGCUCUACUCGAAUUGACGAAACAGGAACGCGAGGAUCUCACUGUGUCGGCACAGCUGUUCCUGCGGUACAUUGCCUUCCGCCAGAUCUACAAGGUGCUCGGCAUGGAGCCCCUUCCGGCCAUGAAAUUUCCAAUGCGCCCGUGGCGGGUCAACCGCAAGCGACGCAGGUCGUCGGGAAAGGCGGGUGGUACCCCCGGCGGGGAGACAGAGUCCAAUGACAUCGACGAGACAGGCUCCGAUGAAAAGGUGGCCAAGAAGGAGGGCGCCGGUGGCACUGGGGGCAGCACUUAAGCUGCGGAAAUAGUUUAUAUACACGUAGUCGGCUACUAAUAUUACAAUUUCUCUCAAGAUAAACGCUUGUCCAAGCGCCACUUAACUAUAACCCACACUUAUCUCUAAACGAGUAUUUAAACCAAUUGGGGCAUAAGGAGCUAUGCAUGUCCAACAUGUUGCCCGAUUGGUUAUUAGUAAACCCCCUAUACACAAACUUUAACUUACAAUAAUUAGCGGACUAUACAACUUGUAUUUUUCUAGCAUUAGUGCAACGGAUGACAAUGUAUUCAGUUUAGAUAUGUGAACAUUUGGUCCUCCCUUGAUUUAAACACAUAAAACUACCAAAACGAAGCGGAUUUUAAUAAAACGUAUAAAAGAA